AGCAUAUGAUUUUGAAAAACAAAAAACACAAAACCAAAGCGAUACCAAAUGGACUAGUUUUCUAAAGGUUAAUUUCAAUUCAUUAAUGAAAUUAUUGUACGGCGAGAGAAGUGACAAAGUUUCUUUUGGGCCCAUCAAAAAACGAGACAUUACUAGAAAACCCCAGGGAAGCAAAACACACACUAGAAUAUCAACGAAUUUUCAUCCUCAAAACCCUAUUUUCUUAAAUCCUUAAACCUACAUAACACACACCCUAAAACUUAUAUAAACGCAUAAUUUCAUAAUAUCUAAACCCUUGCUGCCACUUCUCUUUUUAAAUCAGAAACUCAAAAUAAAUUCUUAAUCAUAUUCAUUGUUAUAUAUUGAUCAUAAAUUUACCCUACUAGCAAAAAAACAACAAUCAUGGUGUUGCAGAACGACAUAGAUUUGCUAAACCCGCCGGCAGAGCUGGAGAAGAAGAAGCAUAAGCUGAAGAGGUUGGUGCAGACCCCAAACUCGUAUUUCAUGGACGUUAAGUGCCAAGGUUGCUUCGCCAUUACGACUGUAUUCAGCCACUCUCAAACUGUCAUCAUGUGCCCUAAUUGUCAGACUGUUCUUUGUCAGCCUACUGGUGGCAAGGCUAGGCUUACCGAGGGUUGCUCCUUUCGCCGAAAGGUUGAUUAAUAUGGUUUUUGACGAGGUUCGCCUUGUGGAUGUUGGUCUCUACGGAAAUUAUGAUGUCAUUAGGGUUGUUUAUGCUUAGUUUCAUGCAUCAUGGGAGAAAUAAUUUAUCUUUGUAUCGUGGUAAUUAUUAGGAUUUUGUGAUAUUUUUAUGGUAUUAAUCAUCAUUUCCAUGUGUUUGUUCUGAUUUACGUUUUAUGUUAUGUGGUGAUCAUAAUUCAAUAAAGUUUACCAGUUUGUACCAUUCGUCUAUUGUAUUUUAGGGAUAAUCUAUGCAAUGUGAUUAUACGUUGGUCC